ACUUUGACUUCUUUUGUUGGCUUGGGUGGUGAUCAUGAAAAAGUGGCUGAGAUAAGCAUUCAUGCUUAAGUCAAAUGCUUCUCAUUUCAUUACGGCAAUAAAUGAGCAAUGCCAGAUGGAGGCCCAGCACCUCUGCGGCAAAUGUCCCUCAGUCGGCACAGGAUACUUCUGGUGCUGCCCAGCUGCAGUCCAUGCUGGAAAGGCUGAAGCAGCGACCCUCUCUACUAGCUACCCAAGCCUCCUAUUCCAACAAUUUACCAAAAGCAACCAGUGAUCUACAUGAGCCCUGCAGCCAGAGCCUGGGGUAUGAUGUGGGUGCAAAUCAACACUGCUCAGCUCGGUGUCACUCAUCCACUGGUGUCACUCGGUGGCUGCCGGGUGCGGCGCCAGGCGGCUCCGGACGCCAGAACAGUGCAACUCCACACUCGGCCGAGCGGCGCCGCUCGCGCUAUAGUGACGUUUCGGAGCCGACCGAUCGGCCGGUGCUGACGGAUCACUGCGACCCGAGACGGGACCACCGGCCGGACGCCACCCCGCCGAGUGACGAGGUCGGGCGAAAGGCAGACAAGCCUGAAGCACGCACCAAUGCCGCAACCAACAAGGAUGACGUCAGAGAACGUGGAACCGACGCGAACAGCUACCGGGUGGAUCUUGGUGAUCAGUCGGCGGAGCAGACUGCCUCUAGGGGUGACACCACGGCGCGGAGGGGGGACGGCGGCGGCAGGCGGAUCGGAGCGGCGCCGGCGGCCGGUCGGCGGGGCCGGCAGCUGGCGCCGGCCGCCACCAGUCAGUCGGCUCUCAGCUCGUCGGCCGACUCCACGGCGGCCACCUCCACGUCGACGGCGCUGACGCCGGACACGGGCACCCAGACCUCGCUCACCGCCGGCUCACCGGUCCGCCAGACGCCGCGGCCGGCGGCCGGACCGCCGGCCGGCAGCGCGGCGCGCCAGUUCCAGGCGCGCCCGCGCCGCGAGUCAGUUCCCGAACAGCCGCCCAAACAAACGGCCCUGGAGAAGGCGGUUGACGGAGGCAGUUUGAAAAGCAAGUCUGGAACCAUACCGCCCAUCGUCCGAAAGACGCUCAUGGACUUCGAUCGGGUCCAAAAGCUGAAAUAUGCGGCGGAAACAGCCAUGAGGGAAAAGAAGGUGUUUAUGAUCCACGGCGGAUAUCCCAGCAUCCGUUUGGCGCUCAAACGCCGUGGCUGGGUGGAGAAAAAGUAUCUCAUCAACAGAAAUGAAUCGGAAGACGAUAUCGACGUGUCCCGCUGGCCGAUCGACACGGACAGCACCGUGACCAGCAUCGGUCUAGCCGACGUGCUCAGCCUCAAGGGCAGCAAGAACUCGAUGAUCCUGACGCGGCUGCUCAAGGAUCACCAGCCGAACUUGAUCUGGUCGGCCAAGCGCGAGGUGAUCGACUACGUGAACCUGGAGCGCGACCAGCUGGUCAACCACUUCCCGCGAGCGCCCUUCAACACCAAGGUUGGUCUGUGCGCGCUGGCGCAGAGCCUACACUGGUACAGCGAGUCCAUGUCGGCUGACUCGUUCAUCCCACGCGCCUUCCGGAUCGGCAUGGCCGAGGAGAAGCAGGAGUUUGUGGAGGACUUCCGUCUGACGGCGUGCGCCAGCCUGUUGGUCUGGUUCAAGGAGCGCUACGAGCUGCACGGCGCCGCAGGAGUCGAGGACGCCGACGGAGAGGUGCCGUACUCGGUGAUACCGACGGCGCUGCAGCAGUGUCAGGCGUACAUCGCCACCCGCCAGCACGAGGACAUCGAACCGAGCGCCUUCAACCGCGCCCUGUGGCCGCACCAGUGGGACAACUUCCUCACCAACGUCUACAAGGUCGUCCACCGCUCCAAGAAACUCGAGAAACAUCGGGACGAAAACAGCACCAUCGUCAAGGUGUUCUACAACCGGAUCACGCAGCUGCUGACGGAGCUGGUCAAGUACCGGCCGCAGACGCUGCUGGACGGCUGGCUGAACAUCUGGAUCGUCAAGCCGGGCUCGUCGUCGCGCGGCCGCGGCAUCAUCCUGCUCCGUCAGCUAGAGGAUAUCCUGGCGCUGGUCGACUCGGCCACGCAGCGCGAGGGCAAGUACGUGGUGCAAAAGUACAUCGAGCGGCCGAUGCUCAUCUACAACACCAAGUUUGACAUCCGCCAGUGGUUCCUGGUCACCGACUGGAACCCGCUCACCGUCUGGAUGUACAAACAGAGCUACCUGCGGUUCUGCUCGCAGCAGUUUACGUUGGGUGACCUGAAGGAGGCCGUCCACCUCUGUAACAACGCCAUCCAGGCGCGCUACAGGAACGGAGAGCGGCACGCCGCGCUGCCCACCGAGAAUAUGUGGGACUCGAGCACCUUUCAGCAGUUCCUCAAGAGCCGUGAGGCGGGCCACGCCUGGGACCAGAUCAUCUACCCAGCCAUGAAGAGCGCCAUCAUCUCCCUGUGCCUGGCCUCGCAGACGGAGCUGGAGCCGCGCAAAGGCUGCUUCGAGCUGUUCGGCGCCGACUUUCUGCUCACAGAGGACUACCAUCCCUGGCUGAUCGAGGUCAACUCGUCUCCGGCGAUGGGAGCCAGCACCAGCGUCACCGCCUGGCUCUGCGCCAUGUGCCUGGAGGACGUCAUCAGAGUGAUCGUGGACCGUCGGAGGGACUCUCACGCGGACGUCGGCGAGUUCGAGUGUAUCCUGCAGCAGCCGCCGGUGUCCUCUCCUCGCUACCUGGGCAUCGACCUCUCUGUGCACGGGCACCGCGUGAAGCCGUCUCCGGGUGCGACCCCGGCGGCUCCCGCUCCUCCGCCUGCCGCCGCGUCCGACUCCGAGCCGCCGCCGGCGCCCCGUAAGUACGGCGCCGUGCUGGAGCUGAGCGGCGACUCGGUGCCACCGGCGCCGCUCCUCUCGCAGCUGUCACCGCGCGGCUUCGGCCGCUGGCGGCGGGCGGCGCGCGGUGCCCAGGCCGUCCACGACUCGCAGCUGUGCCGGCUGCACGCGGUGCAGCGGCGCCUGCACGGCCGCAGCAGCAGCCACUGCGAGCUGUGUCUGCAGCGGCGCCAGGCCGAGCGGCAGCGGUCGCCGCCGCCGGCCCGCUGCGCCCUGCUGAUGCGCCAGAGCGAGGACGAGUUCCGCGCCGAGCUGAGCGUGUCCCGCCUGCUGACGCCGCGGCGCUCCUCGCAGCACCGCGAGCUGGAGGUGCUGCGGCGCCAGCUCACCUCUGCCUGCUGUCCGGGCGCGCCGGCCGCCUCCGGGCCGCGGGUGCGCACCCCGCGCUCGGCGCGCAGCACCCGCGGUCCCCGGCCGCGGCCGGCCGCCGCCGGGGACACCGUGUUCGAGCGACUGUACGCUGACGGACGGCGCAAGUCCCGGCCGCCGCCGCUGGCGCCCGACACACCGCUCACCAUACCGAAAAUUAAGGUGUUCUGCGCCAAGGACUGA